AAUUGUUUCAGUGAUUGGAUAAUAUGUCAUUGUGCAGAUGUAUCAUAAUUUAAUGGCGUUUCCUAUCAUGGUGCUGUUGAAUUUGCAUGAAUGCCUAUAUGCCUUUUGUCUUCCUCAUGUGAGUCACUAACCAUCUCAAGUUGUAGCUCCUUGGCCAUAAGGAUGGUGUCUUUUAAGUAUUUCACUGAUCAGGUACUUAACAGGUGAUGAAUACUUGUGAGAUUGUCUUCUCUUGUUUCAGGUCACCAGGGCUCUUCAGUUUGAUUGACACUAUAUGGCCCCCAGUGAUACCUUUGAAAGCACCUAGCCAUGGCCAGCCUUCUGAAGAGGUGAAAACUGAUGUACCUCCACCUACCUUCUGUUACAUCCUCUCAGCUCAUCCUAGUCUGGGACAAAUUGAAAUCAUUGAAGAAGACCCCAUCUCAAAGCUUUACCAGCCCCCAAUUCUCCACUACUUAAGAGAAAUUCUCCAGACUCAUGAUCAGGUUACCCGGUGCAGUUUCUUUGCCAGAGUGAUUUAUCAAAGACCGCAGCUGAAGAGUCUGCUUCUUUUGGAGCAAAGGGAGAUUUGGCUGCUAGUGACUGAUGUCACCCUGCAAACAAAGGAAGAAAGUGACCCCCGCCUCCCCAGAACCCUGCCAGUUUAUGUGGCCCCCUCAUGUGUGUUGGGUCCAGAAGUCCUGGAAGCACUCACCAUGGUUGUGCCUCACAGCAUUCUCUUCAGGGACGCUCUCCAAGACAAGGGUCGAAUUGUUUGUGUUGAACGGACUGUGCUCUUACCUCAAAAGCCUCUCAUGUGUGUGGCCUCUGGUACUGACCCCUGUGAACUGACUGGCCCAGUGAUGCUGGAUGAACUAGACUCCCUCACACCUGUCAACUCCAUCUGCAGUGUGCGAGGUGCUGUAGUAGGUGUGGACAAGAGCACUGCUUUCUCCUGGCCUGUAUGUGACCAGUGUGGCAAUGGUAGAUUGGAACAGAGACCAGAAGAUGGAGGCACUUUUUCCUGUGGGGACUGUUCCCGGAUGGUUACAUCGCCUAUUCUCAAGAGGCACCUGCAGGUCUUUCUGGAUUGCCCCUCAAGACCCCAGUGCAGUGUGAAGGUCAAGCUGUUGCAGAGCAGUGUUUCUUCACUGCUGAGGUUUGCCACCUAUGAGGAUGGGAGUUAUGAAGUAAAGAGCGUCCUUGGAAAGGAGGUGGGGUUAAGUUGUUUUGUGCAGUCCAUAACCACCCACCCAACCCGCUGCAUUGGAUUGGAGGAAAUUGAGCUUCUGAGUGCUGGAGCCCCUGCCAACCCCAGGCUGCCAUUGGAUCUGUGAGCUUUGCAAGCUGCUGCCAGGGUGGGGGCGGGGUUGGUUUUGGUAGUUAUUUGUUAACUGUGGACAGAGUGAAUGUAUUUAAUGAUCCUGAACUGAAACUUAAGAUUUUUCUAGCAAUAUGGCUUUAUAAACUAAAAACCAAAGUAUAUCUUCUUU